GAAAGACAAGUUACUAUCAUAUAUCAAAAGAAUCAAAAGAACAGUGCAGCGCCCCACAACUUCAUUGCAAACAGUUACAACCUUGACUUUACAUCAGAUUUUUCCCAACAGUAUCACAGCCACAGCAGCCAGUAUCGGAGCAGCUGGAAUCCCUCAGGCAGGACUGGUCACCAUGGUGAUAGUGCUAACGUCUGUAGGCCUUCCCACUGAUGACAUCUCGCUUAUCAUCGCUGUUGAUUGGUUCUUAGACCGACUGCGCACCAUGACCAAUGUCCUUGGAGACUCCAUUGGUGCAGGUAUAGUGGAGCACCUGUCUCGCCACGAGUUGCAGAAGAAGGACCCUGAGGUGGGAAACUCGGUGGUGGAGGAGGCAGACAAGAAGCCGUACCAGCUAAUCUGCCAGGAGAAUGAGUAUGAGAAUGAGAGACCUGCUGACAGCGAGACCAAGAUGUAGAUUGUUGUUCAGGCUGCUUACAUUCUUAGGAAAACAAUUGCACUGCAUUGAACCACGUUCUCAAACUAAGCCCUACUUAAUUUUAAUACCUUUGUCUCUCAAGUGUGGAGGGACCAAAUUAAAUUGAUCUACAGCUAGAAUAUAUUUCAACCAAGAUGAGUUAUACUUAUGUGUGUGAGCUUCCGAGACAGAUGGUUCACUGUUGCUUUGUUUUUUCUAAAAGUUUGUAUUAUGAUGUUUCCUAAGAGUACUAUGUGUUUCUGCCAUAGGGUGGCAGCUAUUUACUAUUACGGCAAUAAUGAAUUACUCUUUAGCUUAGCCUUGUUGCUCUGUGGCCUGCACGCCAUAUCCAGCUCCUCUCAGAACUGUGACGACUGAUCUCCCCCACUAGAGGCCAGUACUGCUGUGAGUCUUAACACCACAGCAGAUUACUGCCCAAACUUGACUUUUUCUGGCUUUAAAAUGGUUGCUUUUCUUUUGUUUGAGUGGUGAUGUAUGUAGGUGAAAUGGUUGUGAAAAAUCUGUUUGGAGACUCAUGGGAAAAGUGUUUGAUACCAUGCACAUAUAGGAGGACCAUGUCCACUUUUUUGGGGAAAAGGGCUGCUUAUUUGCAAACUUCUGUAUGGACAUUAGUGGCUUUAUUUUCUACGAUUUGGUGGAGGGAUUAUGUAGGCCUACUGUAAUUUAUCCUAAAACACACAUACCUGUCCAACACAGGAAGUGCUACACUUUUCAGAAUAUUUUGGCAACUAUCUAACCCCUUUUUGUGACACAUACUGCUCAAACCAAUCAUUUCAAUCAUAAAGACAGGCAAACCAAAAUCACUCAGCCGUGUUUUUACCUGUACAUUUGAUCAACUUAAAAUGUAAACUGUAAUAAUAUCAAGAUAUCAACCAAAAAAAAAAAAACACCAAAUAUUAUUUUCAAAUGUGGGUAGUUUCAUCAAAUCAUACCUGCCCAUGCCCGGAAAAAAUAUUGCUAACCCGUACAUUAACAGUACUGCUAAAAAAGGAAAAUAGUGAUUUUUGUAUUAUUGAAAUCAUAAUUUUGAUUGUGAGUUUGCCCUAUAGGGGAUUUAACUCAAAAUGAUUGGGUUGAAACAUUCACAUGUCAGUACGAACUAUUGUUUUGUAUUAAAUUAGUAAACCAGGUAUUCAGUAGGCUGAAUAUAUAAUUUUCUAAUACUUUUUUUCUCAAAUCAGUCUCUUUAGAUAACUAAAUCUAAUGUUUUAUUCCAUUUGAUUAAAUAUCAACGCAUGUUGUAAAGUAACACAUUUGAGUUAUUUUCUAAUCUUUUUGUAUCUAACAUUUAGGCUUACUUGAAAAUAUUAAGUAUAUACAUAAAAAAUGCAACAUUUAUAUAAUCUUUGCUUUGUAUAGAAGAUUAUUUUGAAUAUACUGUGCUUGUAUAGAGAAAUGUAGAUAAACAUGUACAUUAAUUGUAGAUUUAAAUUGUAAAAGGUUCUUUGAGGAUUUUGUAUGUAAAGAUGUUAUUACAAUGCUAUUGCCUAAAGAUCAAAACUAACAAUCCCUCUAGUUCCUUUUACAAAUGCAAAACUGGCUGAUUUAAAGGACCAAUUGUUAUGUUACCUGUACGAACUUGAGGAAAUGAAAUAGUUCCUUUGUUUACAGUAGCUGGUGUCUCUUUUGAUAUGAAUGUUUCACACAUGAAUUCAUAUGUACCUGCAAACACACACACACACACACACACACACACACACACACACACACACACACACACACACACACACAC